AUGUCAUCUAAAUUAAAAAUAUUAGUCCCGGUGAAAAGAGUAAUAGACUACGCAAUAAAACCAAGAAUAAAUAAAACAAACACAGGUAUAGAGACAAAAGGAGUGAAAUUUUCAAUAAAUCCAUUUUGUGAUAUAGCAUUAGAAGAAAGUAUUCGUAUCAAGGAAAGAAAUCCCGAUUCAGUUGAAUCCAUACAUGCUGUAUCAAUAGGUCCUACUAAAGCACAAGAUAUUUUGAGAACUGCAUUAGCUAAAGGUGCAGACAAUUCAACAUUAAUUGAUAUUGGAGAAGAUAACAUAGAACCAUUACAAGUAGCCAAAAUAUUAAAACAAGUAGUUGAAAAAAACCAAUCUAAUUUGGUAGUAUUGGGGAAACAAGCAAUUGAUGAUGAUUCAAAUCAAACUGGACAAAUGUUAGCAGGAUUAUUAAAUUGGCCUCAAGCUACAAAUGCAUCAAAAGUAGAACUUAAUGAAGACGAGGUUUACGUAACUAGAGAAAUUGACGGUGGUGAAGAUACUAUAAAAGCAAAAUUACCAAUGAUUAUAACUGUCGAUUUAAGAUUGAAUGAACCUCGUUAUGCAAGUUUACCAAAUAUAAUGAAAGCUAAAAAGAAACCUUUGGAAAAAUUAAAAUUAAAAGAUUUUGGAAUAGAUCUGAUUGAUAAUAGAUUGGAGGUAGUUAAAGUUGAAGAACCACCUGCUAGAGAAGCCGGUGUUAAAGUUUCUGAUGUUGAUGAGUUGAUUUUAAAAUUAAAAGAAUUAAAAGCUAUCUAA